CUCGAAUGUACACAACAAGCAGCAUGUUUAUCCGCAUGUUUUGGUUUAGGCUUAUCAUGACCACAACGUUAUAGCACAUUUAUAGUUUAGUAGUCUAAUUUAAUUUUCAUAUAACUGGCAAUGGGAAAGUCAUCACGACAUAAAGCACAGAAUGUUCAUCAUGUAAGUAUCAUCAAUUCAUCAAUAUCAUUCACUCAGAAUUGUGCGUCUAUGCCGUCAAUCUGAUGCUGGCUUACUACAUAAACUUAUGACUUAAACUUAUUCUUAUUUUAUAGUUUUUGAAUUAUAAUAAUUAAUUAAGUAAUAGUAAUAGUGAUAGCCUAGGCUUAGUGGCCUUAGCCCCCCCCCCCUGGCGUAAGUAAAGGCUUAAUUAAGUCUUAAGUUGACUUAACAACAAAAUAUUAGUUAUGUUAUCCUCUGACUUCUGACAAUAAAAUUGUCAAUAUCAAACUUUUACUUCGCCGCGAUGAAAAAAAAAUAAUGAUAAAUGUAUAAAUAACUACAAGUUUUAACUUUAAAUUUAAGUUUUCAUUUGUAGUACAACUUGAUGAUUGUAGAGAAUUACUGCUAAUGUGGAAGUUUUUUUUCUCUUCUAUAAAUACAAAUAAUUGCUUGAUUUUUUUUUAUAUUAUUAAAUUGCAACACCACACUAACUACGAAGUGUUUAAAUGAUAAAUGUCCUGUGACCGGAGGAAUAAGUUCUAGAGAUAAUCGUCCAGCGACCAAGUCAAAUGACCGCCUGACUUGACUUGUGUUCACAAUAUUGGAAUAUUAUAUCAUAUACAUUGCCAACUACUUUGCAAGCGACCUCUUGUCACAUGAAACAUGUGCCGGAAUAAUAACACCUACUAGUCGUCCGGCGAUCACAUGGCAUGCAUGCCGGAAGAAUAUCUCCUGCACAGUUUGUCCGGUCACCAGACCUGUAGACACUGCCUUAGUUAUAAUUAUAUUUAUAGUAUUAAUAAUUUGUAUGAUUAUUUUUCGCUAAAAGAAUGUGCAGUUUAUUGAAUUUAAUUUAUUUAAAUAAGAAAAUUCUAUUCUUAAGCAUAUUUUGUACUUUAAUGUAAAUAGGGAAGAAACAAGGGUGAAAAUGAUGAGCGGGAAAAUGGCAUAAACUUUUGAACCACUUGAGCCAAAAAGCUGAUCUUGGUAUUUCUGUAAACCUUUCAAUUGGCUCUAUUUAAAUGUACUGCAAUUUUACCAAAAAGUACCUCGUGUUAUUGUGAAUUUUGCUAAAAUAUAUAGAAAUUUGUAAGCAAGCUGCCUAAUUUAAUCUUAUUAAUUGACUCAAUCGUCCCACUCCAUUUGUUAGAUUUUAGAAAUAACAAAUCCUUUCAGGCUCAACAUAGAUUGCUUUAUUUUUCUCCAUCUGUUUCAUAAAAGUUAAUUUUUACUUCCUCCAGUUUGUUCCAUUCUCUGAACGCAUUUCGAAUGUCAACAUUGAUGUUAUCCACCAAAUUCGCAGAAUUGAUGAUGAGGUAGGCUUUGUGUGUUUAUCUAUAUUUUUGUGAUUAGACACUAUGUCUAAGAUUUAUUUUAAUUACUAGACUUAUGUGAUGUUUUUUAAAUAGGUGUAUAGUUUUCAGAAAUAUGUUUUAUAAAGAUAAUACAUGAGAUACUGAAUCCUUAAAGCUGUGUCCCUUGAUGAGGCAUCUCUAUUGGCUAUGUCUAGUCAAGCUCUUUUAUGAGUGCUGUAAUAAUUUUCAUGUGUUUUAUGAGACAAAAUAUAGCUUAAAAAUUAGGGACAUAGCUUGAGACACUGUCAUUCAGAAUCAUGAGAUUCAGACAGUGUUAUUCAUAAUACUGUAUCAUGUGAAGGUGUCUCAUUGUGGGGUCUCAUUUAAAAUUAAUUUUUCAAUUGAAUAAAGGUCUGAAAAGAUGCAAAUUUCUUUAAAGGUGUACACAAACAAUGGGUUUAAAUGAGAUGUCAUAUAUUAAACAGUAUAUUUCAGAGCCAGUUACUAAGUAUAUAAUACACAAAAUACAUGCAUAACAUAACUUAUUUCAAAUUUAUGAAAAUCUGUUUUAUGUUAUUCUUUUAAGUAUUUAUAAUUUUGAAUGAAAUAAAUACAUUUAUUUCAGACAGAGGGAACCUUAUUUGGUGAAUGUAUUACAAAAUGGACUGAGCUUGAUCUUACAGAUCAUUUCUGUAAGUAUUGAAUCUGUAAGAUUCAUUGAAUCUGUAAGAUUCAUUCAUGAAUUUAUCUUAAUUAAGUUUAAAAUGACUGGGGAAAAAAAAACAAUAUUUUUACAAUAAUGGGACAUCAGAUUUAUUUUUAAAAAUUAAAAUUUUUCCUCUUUAAUUUUAUGAAUAGUAUGCUCAUCCACUGCUAUUUUCAUAUUGUUUUAGUAAAAUGUGUCUACAAUUUCUAAUAGUAUGACAAAUGACUUUAAUAAAAACAUGUUUAUUUAAUUUUAAAGCCAACUUUAGACGAGAGAUUGUGGGUCAAGUACAAACAUAUGAACAACUUGUCCAUCAUAAGGUAUUAAUUUAAUCUUAUCUGCAGCCAGUAAUAUUGCUAUAUUAUAAUUGAAAGUUUUCUAAUAUAUUUUAUUACAUACAUCAUUGGUGUUCUUUUAAUGUUUUAACAAUCUUUGAAAAUAGAUUAUGCAACGUAAAUCUGAGCACUACUUAAAUGCUUUUCAGGAAGAGAUAAUCUUGGCCCUGAAGACACAUUUGAAUGUACAGAAUUCACUUGCCUUGAAUGCCCUGCUAGAGUAA